AUGGCUAGGCCUUUGACUGACAUGUGGCCUUGCAGUCAAGUUAAUGAGGAAGCAAGUGAUAAAGUUUUGGAGGUGGAACAGAAAUAUAAUGAGAUUCGAAGACCUGUCUACAUUAAACGGAAUGAGAUCAUCCAAUCCAUUCCAGACUUUUGGUUAACUGCGUUCCUGAGUCAUCCUGCUCUUAGCGAUCUUCUGACAGAGGAAGACCAAAAGAUUUUCAAGUAUUUGGUUUCAUUGGACGUUGAAGAUUGUCAAGAUUUGAAGUCAGGCUACUCCAUUAUAUUUAACUUCUCUCCUAACCCAUAUUUUGAAGACACAAAGCUUGUGAAGACUUAUUCCUUCACUGAGGAAGGAGUGGCUAAUAUAACCGGUACGACUAUCAAGUGGAAGGAGGGUAUGGAGAUUGCCAAUGGUAAUGGUCAUGAGAAGAAGGGAAGCAAGCGACCUUUUACUGAGGAAAGGUUCCUGAUACUUCAUCUGCUCGUAGAAAUGGUGACUCCAUUGAUCCCUGAAGCUUUUAUUUUGGAGUUUUAUAUGCAUUUUUUUAUGCUUUUCGAAGUACAUUGCAAAUGUAAAUUGACAGUAUGAAUGUAAUUUGACAAUAUGAAUGUAAUUUGACAAAAUGAAUGUUUUGAUAAA